AUGCCGAACCAACGCCAAGCCUCUUUGCAAGGCUCAGGAGAACUGGAGCCUGAGGAGGAAGGUACGGAUGAGGAGGACGAGGAGGAGAGGGAGAGAGAGAGGGAGAGAGAGAAAGAAAGGGAGAAAAAGCUGGAGAUUAUUCGGAAGCAGGAAGAGUUGCAGCAGCAGCGAGAAGCACUCCAGAAGCAGCAAGAGGAGCUUAUGAGACAGCAGCAGCUACUGCUGCAGCAGCAAGAGGAGUUGCGGUUGCAGGAGGAAAGGUUGCUUGCAGAACAGGAGCAACAGGAGAGGGAGAAGGAAAAAGAGAAGGAGAAGGAGAAGGAGAAGAAGAAGGGGCAGGUGCGGCAGUUGCAGCAGCAGCGGCAAUCUAGUCGUUCGGCAGUGUCAUCCCAGCAGCAGCAGCAACCGCAGCACGUGGGGAGGGGCAACCAACCGAUUGCCAGAUUCUUCUCUGCUGCUUCGGGUACCCUCAAGUCCCUGAUUGGUGGUGGCAGCAGCAGCACUGGUGGCAGCAGCAGCACUGGUGGUGGUGGCGGUGCUGCUGGUGCUUCUGCUGGUGGUGGUGGUGGAUCAAGCAGGGGCCACGGUGCAACCUCCCCUCUGCCGUCCCCUCUUCCCUCUCCUGUCCUCUCCUCCUUUCACACUGCUGCUGCUGAGGCUGCUCCUGCUUCUGUUGCUGCUGCUGUUGCUGCUGCUGCUGCUGCUGCUGGUGCAGUUGAUUCCGAUGCUGCCCUUGCCAACCCUGCAGCUUCGGAAUCCGAGCCUCAUGCGGUGUUGGCAGCAGAAGGUUUGGAAACCACAGGUUCGGCAACAGCAGGCUCGGCAGUUGCAGGCUCGGCAGCAGGGGUGGAAGCAGUGGCAGCGGCAGGCUUGGAAGCCACAUUCAGGGUCAACAUACCUGGGGAUUCACCUGAUGACGUGGCAGGUGUUGUCACGACUCUUAAGCAAAAGCAGAAGCAGGCCAGUCAGCGUGCAAGGCGCGUGUCGUGUGCUGCUGAUGGGCAUGAUUCUCAUGAGGAGGCUCAGGAUUUGAAAAAGGAGGUGGCCACUCUCUCCAUGCUGCAGGGGCACCCCUUCAUCGUUCGGUUGCAUGAUACUGUGGAGGACAGGAAGCACGUGCACAUGGUGAUGGAACUCUGCACAGGAGGCGAUCUCUUCGACCGGGUCGCCAAGGACGGCCCCUACAGCACAGCAGCGGGCGCCAGGCUGGGUGCGGGGGAAGGGGGGGGGGUGUGGGGGAAGGGGGGGGGGGGGGGUGGGGGAAGGGGGGGGGAUGUGUGGGGGAAGGGGUGUGGGGGAAGGGGUGUGGGGGAAGGGGUGUGGGGGAAGGGGGGGGGGUGUGGGGGGAAGGGGGAAGGUGCAUUUGGUGUGUGGAGAAGAGGGGGUGAGGGCGUGGAAGGAGGGUGGGAAGAGAGGAGAGGUGGGGGGUCGUUCUGGUCUAUAGGCGAGAGGCUGAAGGAGCUGAUGGGAACGCCGCAGUACAUGGCACCGGAGCUCAUCCAGGGGGAGUACGGCCCCGAGGUGGACGUGUGGAGCGCCGGGGUCGUCAUGUACAUCGCCAUGUGCGGCGUGCCGCCUUUUUGGGCGUCGUCCAAUCGCUCGCUCGCGGAGGCGAUUCGGGGGAAGGAGGUUAGCUUUAAGAGCGCCAAGUGGGCUGGCGUGUCGGAGGAAUGCAAGGAUUUGAUUGGUCGGAUGCUGGUGAAGGACCCGAAGCGGCGAAUUACGGCUUUAGAGAUACUUGCUUUCUUCCUCUCCCAGUCCUCCCUACCCACCCACCCCCUCACUCACCCCCUCGCCUCAAUGUCCCUUAUCCUAUGA